AUGUCACGACGAUCAGAUCCACUCGAUUGCAAAGUUUAUGUUGGUGGUUUACCUCAGGAUGCUACUUCACAAGAGCUUGAGGAUGCGUUCAAUCGGUUUGGUCGUAUACGUAAAGUUUGGGUUGCUCGACGUCCACCAGGAUUUGCAUUUGUAGAAUUUGAAGAUGCACGAGAUGCAGAAGAUGCUGUGAAAGCAUUAGAUGGAACAAGAAUUUGUGGUGUCCGUGCUCGCGUCGAAAUUUCGCAUGGUCGUCGACGAAAUGGUGGUUAUGGUGGAGGAGGAGGAAGCGGUUCUGGUGGUUACUAUGAUAGUGGACGUCGAAGAUCAAGAUCGCCGUACUACCGAAGAAGUCGGAGUCGUUCUAUUACUCCACCACCGCGUAAAUCUCCACGUUAUGAUGAAAGACGAAGUAUGAGUCGAAGCUUAAGCAGGUGA